UUCCUGUUCUUAGGUCUAAUCCAUAGAUUGAAGCUUGAGUCUAGUUGACAUCUGACAGAUCAUCAGCAACAGCUCCAUUUCCUCUAUUUAUAGUAUCUAUCAUCUAUUCCUAAAAUUCCAGACAUAUGAUAUGGAAAACUAAUCACCACCGUCUCUGACUUUAGCCUUUUCCACAACGGAACAAACGUACUAAAAAGAAUCAUCUAUUCCUUGUUUAUAUACUGUUUGAUUUGUAAGAAUCUUUACUUGAGGGAGGUUUUAUUAGGUAAUCUAAUUUUCCAAUUUACCACAAACCAUUUUAAGUUCAUAAUAAAUUUGUUUUUGUAUUUUGUGUACUAUUCUUUUGCGCUUCUAAUUAAGUCUUGUAGAAAGUCAUGAUACAUUUAAUGAAUAUGACUGUAACUGUAAAUAAAAAAGAAAUAGAUAAAUUAGCUAUGGAAGUAAACGUACAUCCAACACAUAUGGUUAAAUUUAUAGAGGAAUUUCAAAAACGAGCAAAUACAACACUGACCAAUUUAAUUGAAGAUCGUGGGGAAUCGAAUGAAGAUAUAGAAGACGAAGAUAAUGAUGGUGAUGAAGACGAGGAGGAAAAUAUACAUGUAAGUCCCAAAAAAAGGAAAAAGUAAAUACAUGUAUAUUAUUAUUUGUAAAGAAUUAAUACAAUAAAACAAUCGAAUUUU